AUGAUUAACGUCGCGCGGCCACCGCCACCAAUUGCAGGCAGCUUUUAUAGCAUAUCACGCUUCUCUGGACUGCCCGUGGGCAUUUGGCCGCAACGCCAGCGAGGCUGUGGCAAGCAGCUGCUUUGUGUGUUCAGCUUUCUGGUCAUACUGAUGGGUGCCGUGGGCGAGAUACUGUACGGCGUGCUAAAUCUGAGUAAUCUGGUUUCAGCGCUGGAAGCUUUCUGUCCCGGCUGCACCAAGGCCGUCUGUGUGCUCAAGCUGUGCCACUUCUUCUGGAGUCAGCCGCACUGGUACGCGCUGAAGCAGCGUGUGCGUCAACAGCUCUGGAGCAGUCAGGAUGCAGCUGCUCAGCGCAUAUUGCAGCGCAGCUCGCGAGCGGCCCAUCGUUUCUCGCUGCUGCUGUUCGUCUCCGGCAUGACCACAAAUACGUUCUUCAAUGCGCUGCCGCUGAUCAAGGCGCUCUAUCGUUACAUUUACGGCUUGGAGGGACAAGUGGAGCUGCCCUUUAAUAUCAUCUUGCCUGGCUUUGCCACGCAGCCGCGUUGGUUUCCGCUCACGUAUCUGCUGCUGUUUGCCUCUGGGGCAUGCACUGUGUUUACCUUUAGCUGUGUCGAUGGCUUCUUUCUCUGCAGCUGCAUGUACAUCAGCGGCGUCUUCAAUGUCAUACAGCAGGACAUACGCGAGACUUUCCUGCCGCUGAUCAAAGUGGACCGUGCCACGGGCGGCAUGAACUUUGUGGUGCAGCAACGUCUGGCGGACAUUGUGGAGCGUCACAAUGCGAUUAUCGAUCUGUGCACCGACCUGACCCGCCAGAUUACCGUUAUCGUUUUAAUGCACUUCCUGUCCGCAGCCUUCGUGCUCUGCUCCACCAUUUUAGACAUCAUGUUGAACUCUUCAUCACUUAGCGGCUUAACCUACAUCAGCUACAGCGUUGCCGCAAUGACACAGCUAUUUCUUUAUUGCUAUGGCGGCAAUCACGUCAGCGAGAGUAGCGCUGCUGUUGCCCAGACGCUGUACGACACUGAGUGGUACAAAUGCGAUGUGAGGACUAGAAAAAUGAUUUUAAUGAUAUUACAACGCUCGCAGCGGGCGAAAACAAUUGCGGUGCCUUUCUUUACGCCCUCCCUGCCGGCCUUUACCUCGAUACUCAGCACAACCGGCUCAUAUAUCACGCUGCUCAAGACGUUUCUGUAA